AUGGCAGCUAGAGAGCACACCACCAAUGGUGUCCACACUAGUAUUUGGAAAAGAAAAAGAAUCUUCACACACCAACUUCUCACAGGUCGUUGGUUCAUGUUAUUCGCAUCAUCACUAAUCAUGUCUGUAGCAGGCGCAACCUACAUGUUCGGUCUCUACUCAAACCAAAUAAAAACCUCUUUAUCCUACGACCAAACAACACUCAACCUUCUUAGUUUCUUCAAAGACCUCGGCGCCAACGUUGGUGUUAUCUCCGGUCUAAUCAACGAAAUCACACCACCUUGGGUUGUUCUAUCCACCGGUAUCAUCAUGAACUUCUUUGGUUACUUCAUGAUAUGGCUUUCCGUUACUAAAAAAAUCCACACACCAAAAAUCUGGCAAAUGUGUGUCUACAUUUGCAUUGGUGCAAACUCUCAAACUUUUGCUAACACUGGUGCUUUAGUUACUUGUGUUAAGAAUUUUCAUAAUACUCGUGGUAGUGUUUUGGGUCUUUUAAAAGGUUACGUUGGUUUAAGUGGUGCUAUUAUCACACAAAUUUAUCAUACUUUAUAUUAUAGCGACAAUAAUGAUAAUACUCAAUCUCUUAUUUUGCUUAUCGCUUGGCUUCCUGCUGCUAUUUCUUUUCUUUUUCUUCCAACUAUUAGAAUACUGAAAUUGGAAAACAUACAACAAAAAGAACAUAAAGUUUUCUACAAUCUUCUUUAUAUUUCACUUGGUCUUGCUGGUUUUCUCAUGGUUUUGAUCAUUGUUCAAAACAAGCUAACUUUCUCAAGGAUUGAGUAUUUAGGUGAUGGAGUUGUGGUUAUUUUCUUACUCCUUCUUCCACUUGUUGUGGUAUUCAGAGAAGAAUUCAAAGCCAAUAACAUCAUCUUGAAGGAUGAUAGUCCAAUUUCUCGAUUAAAAGUUGUCGUCACUCAUGUCCAAGUUGAAGCAUCAACAAAUUCGGAUAAGGAAAUUUCUUGCUUGAGGACAAUAUUCAAACCUCCGAAUAGAGGUGAAGAUUACACAAUUUUGCAAGCUUUGUUUAGCAUUGACAUGUUGAUUCUUUUCCUAGCAACAACUUUUGGUGUUGGUGGAACAUUAACGGCGAUCGAUAAUUUGGGACAAAUUGGUCAUUCCUUGGGAUAUCCGAGUAAAAGUACUACAACUUUCGUGUCGUUGGUGAGUAUAUGGAACUAUCUAGGACGAGUUGCGUCGGGUUAUAUGUCGGAGAUCUUGUUAACAAAAUACGAAAUCCCUCGUCCAUAUCUACUCACUUUCGUUAUGCUUCUCUCUUGCGCUGGUCAUAUUCUAAUCGCUCUUGGUGUUUCUAACUCUCUUUAUUUUGCUUCGGUGAUUAUUGGAUUUUGUUUUGGAGCUCAAUGGCCUUUGAUGUUUGCGAUUAUUUCUGAAAUUUUUGGAUUGAAAUAUUACUCAACUUUGUAUAAUUUUGGAGCCGUGGCAAGUCCUGUGGGAUCUUAUAUAUUUAAUGUGAGAGUGGCUGGUUAUUUAUAUGAUAAACAAGCUUUGAAACAAUUGGAGGCAAAGGGGUUUAGGAGACAAGAGGGAAAAGACUUAACAUGUGUUGGUGUAGAGUGUUAUAGAAUGGCUUUUGUUAUAAUUACAGCAUCAACUUUAAUAGGAUGUUUUGUUUCUUUAAUUUUGGUGUUUAGAACUAGAAAGUUUUAUAAGGAUAUAUAUGGAAAGUACAGGGCAGAACUUGAAGCAGCAGAGGCUGAGAUGAGGAUGUGA